GCUGCUGUUGGGGAAGAAAUUACAUUUGCAACGGCAGGAAAUAUAAGGUGUUUUUCAUAAUCACUAAACUCUUGAGUCAAGGAGACUUAGGAUCAAUAAGUGAGGUAGAAGGUGUUUGCUAAAGCAGUAAAUAAAAUACGGGUCCAUUCAUAAGGAUCAAGGUAAUAUGAUUCACUGAUGCCUACAACGUUUAGGGAUAGAAAAAAAAAUAGAUAUCCUAGUCACCUGUUCUUUUUUCCCCUCAAUUUUUUCCAUAUUGCAACAGUGUUGUCCUCACAGCUUGUCCUACAGUAGUUUGGUGGGGUUUUUUGGUGGGUUUUUUCUUUUGUUUUGGGUUGUGUGUAUGUGUGUUUUAAAUCCUGCUUCUAUUCAUCCCUAAGGGAUGGCAGAAGAGUUCAAGUCUUCCUGGUUGAAAACCUGUACUUGACUUGAGUCCCGGGCACUGCAGAACCAUUUCCUGUGAUUGCAGCAGAGAGAGAUAAAAUUCUGCUGUGGUGGGAAUGAACCGAAAUUAGAUCAAAGAUUUCUGGAUAAUUAAUAGUUUCAACCCAAAACCUUUCCUGCUGCUUUUCGCUUGAGUCUACUUUAUUAUUUCUUUUUUUUUUUUUUCUUUUUUUUUUUUUUCUUCUCUUUUUAGGCAAACAGGGCAGUGCUUCGCACAGGAAGCCAAAUUUGCCUAUCAAAAACAACAACGCAAAUUGAAAGCGUGACAAGAGCUUUAACUGCAUUUGCUUCCACUGCAAUUCCCGCGCAAAGCUGUACCACCCCGCAAGCAGAGGGCUCAGGAGAUGCCUCGCUGGCUGAACGCUUCCCCCGCGGACACAUGGCGAGCACAGGUGGACGGAAUUGGCGGAUUUGGAAUGUGAAGUUCUAGCUCUUCUGCCGUGAAGCAGCUCAGCGCCUAGUUUUGGGUUAGGAGCUGGAGAGAAGCCGGCUGGUAGAGGUGACAAUACAGAGAGAGCUCGGGGCUCUGGCACGGCUGCCGAGGUCUCCCGGGGGGCUGCCGAGGGCCCCCUGCUCAGCCCCAUGCGCCUGAUGGAGGACAGGAGCCGCCAGCUCCCGCGCUAUAAAAGCCAGGAGAGGCCCGGGGUGGGGCUGGCGUCAGCGGGAAAUGUCUCCCUGGAAGCAGAUUAGCUUCACAGGAAACCUGUCGUUGACAGCCUGCCCAGUGGGAAAACUCCAAGGAGAAGCUAAGGACAAACAACAUCUCUAAGACAGUCCAUGGGGACUGUACCAGAUCCUCUGAGAUCUGCCAAGCUUUCCCUGGUGUCAAGUUCUGCAGAGGAGGAGCACCUGGGAGACCUGCAGCCUGCUAAGCACCAGAGCCCAGCCCCCCGUGUCGAGAGGGCCAGCAAUGGCUUCCCGUGCACGCCGUCCAGCUCAGCUGGGGUUUGCUUGUUGGACCUGAACUGCACAGGUGCCACCAGCACACAGAGGUGCGAGCAGUGCCACACAGAUGAUGACAGCCAGCAGCAAGCCUUUUCUUCCAGGCUGGCCAGCACAGCUGCAGAGGGGCAUCCUGCAGAUGUAAAGCCUGCUGGUUGUUCCCAGCCAGAGGGCAUCCAGGCACCAGCAGCGCCAGCCCUUGCUGCAGCAGGAGCCCUCUUGGUGGGGCAAGGGCCAGAGAUGAUGCCGGCCCCCCAGAGCUCCCGGCAGUUUGUGCAAGGCAGCCAGGCCAAAACGAGCUCCCUGACACAGAUAGAUGACUCUGCCUUGAAACCUCAGGGAACUGAUGAUCAGCCAGUGCUUGAAGUGUUAAAUUAUUCUUCCCCGGGUGAUCCUGUUGGGGUUAAUCAAUUCUGUCAUACUUCUCAGGCAAACCCUCUGCAAAGAGGAGAAAAAGACAGGGUGGCAGAAAAGAAUGGUUCUGCUGUGUGUCAGUCAGCCUUGCCAGCAAGGCAAACCGAAGCCGACCUGGGGAGAGAUCCGCAGACCAGUCUGGAGGCAAAAAGCGGGACUGCAGACAUGGCACAGUUGCAUCCCCCAGGUAAAACUGGAGCAGUGCAGAGCAGCGAGGCACCAGCCCAGUCUGGCCAUGGGAGUCCACAUCCUGUACACAACCUGGACCCCACACCUGGGAGUCCAAACCCCACCCAGCUCUCCAAAUUCAGAGAAACAGGUACAAUGACGGCUCAACCAGAGAGCAGCCCUUUUACUCAGGAAGCUGUAAGCAGGACAUGGCGGGAUGCUGAGGUUCAGGCCGUGGCUACUGUGGAGAGCAAAUCAGCUUCCACUAGCCCCAGCAUCUUUGCUGCCUUCUUAAAAGGGAAUCCUCCUCCAGAGGAGAAGGAAGAACUGCACAUAAUUUACCAAGGAGGUAUGGGGCUGACCCAGGCUGCACUUACUGAUAGUUUAUCCUCACAACAAAAGUUUCCAUGUUCUCCUGGUAUCACAUCAAAAUCGACUGUUGUGGCUGUAACUGCUUCAGCCCAAACCCAGCCUGUCAAACUGCCCGGGGUCCCAUCUGACAUGGCAUCUCCAGUAUCAGCAGAUAAUGUGAAACCUGUUCUUCCCUGCUCCUCUGCAGCUGUUACAUCCCAAGAAACAUCUGUGGGUAACGCCAAAAUGACCAGUGCAGCUCAUGAUGUCAAGGACACUGCUCAGCUGCCAAAGGAUGCUCCAGUCCCACCAAAGCCCAUCCCAGCUGAGCAACUUGGAGCUGACUCCAGUAAUCAAACUCCAUCACAGUCUGGGACUGGUGCUGGUGAGCCAAGCACCACUUCCACUAAUGCUGUCCCAGGAACCCAGAACAACGUGCGAGAUCUCGUCCCUCAUGCAGGAAGCAGCCGGUCACCUUUACUCUCUGGCAAGGACAGUGAAGUCAAGCAGAAGGAGGUCCUGGGCAGCUCUGACCAAAAGCCUGUACAAAGCAAGGGUGUGAGUCAAGGGAAGGCUAGUGCUAAUCAAUCUGUGGUAAAACCAAAGGAAGAAAACUCGGUGUUGCUUGAUCCUAAAGGAGGGCUGAGUGUUAGCAGCCCUCUCUGUGCAAAGGCAUGCUCACAGGAUGCGGGUGAGAAGGAGAGCAGAGGCCAUGGAGGCCAGUCUCAGGUGGCUGGUGACCAGAACCUGCAGGCAGGACUGACGCCUGAGUUGAGUGUGAGUUCUGCAAGUCUUGCCCCUCCCAUGGCAGCAUUGGCAGCUCCCCAGCAAGAGGGCCUCCGGGCCAGGGAGGCCAGACACGACCUCCACACUGCAGUGAUUUCUGCUUCCUCUCAGGCUGUGCCAAACCUGGGGGAGAACAAAAAGCACUCCACCGCAGCCAUGGAGGCGAAAGUACAGGUGAAGCAGUCCAAACACGUCAGGGAUGUUGUUUGGGAUGAGCAAGGAAUGACGUGGGAGGUUUAUGGUGCUUCCCUUGAUCCAGAGUCCCUGGGAAUUGCCAUCCAGAACCACUUACAGAGACAAAUACGGGAACAUGAGAAACUGAUCCGGGCUCAGAACAGUCAGACCCGGAAAUCCAUUUCCUCAGAUACAUCCUCAAAUAAAAAACUGAAAGGGAGGCAGCACAACAUGUUCCAGUCCAUGCUGCAGAAUUUUCGGCGUCCUAAUUGCUGCGUUCGACCUGCUCCCUCUUCUGUGUUAGACUGACAUGCAGGGGUGCCUAAAUACCUGCAGUGGUGGAGAGAGUCCCUCUGCUCAAGUCCUGCUGUUUGGUUGUGUAUGGGGUUGUGAUGCAACAGUGGAAAAUAAUCCGCCUUUGUUUUCUGACUAGCCACAUGCUCCAUCCUGCCUUUAUUAUUGUCACAGCUGGUGUAUUUCCACGUUAUGCCCCAACCUUGACUGCUGUCAGAUGAAAAGCUAGGCACUUAGCAAAAGCACAAAUUUCAAUUGCCACCUUGCUGCAGGGAGAGCAGCAUCUUCUGAUAAAGAAGAAAGCAGAGGGAUUGUCAGAAUUAUGGGGAUUUAUUUAUGUGCAUUAUGAGGUCUCACUCAAAGAGGGUGGACUAGGGGAAGCUGAGGGAGGUGGAAUUAAGAUUCAACAGCUGUAAAGACCUAACACAAGACAACUUUCCUUGUUUGUAAGUUACCCGUGCUGAGGCAAGUCCAUGAACAGGCUAUGGACGUUGAUCGCUAAGAAGCCUCACUUCUGUUCUUACUGUGGACUGCCCUUCUCAGGUGAGCCACAGGGAGCCUGGUCUUCCCCUCCUGUUGAAAUGCAGAACCAGGCAAAGAAUGAGAAUCAGGACUGAAGGAUUCUCUGUUUGGGAGAAGCUAAAUCAGUAGGAUGUUGAUGGCCAGAAGGGGAGAUGAGAGAGAUGCUUUUUGUCCCCUGCAGUGGCCACUCUUAAGGUAUAAGCCGUGGAGGCACAGGAGAGCGCAUUGGUAGAUGGACCUGCAUCCAGCAGGAUGGUGCCCACCAUUACUCUGGUACUCCUGCCAAGUCUUUAAAAAGCAGGGAGAUAUCCUGCCUCCUCAGGCGAGGUGGGCAGCCCAUGCUCCCAGCCUCCCACUGUGCUGAGCACCUCUCUUCUAAAUCACUCUUUAAAGUGAUGUGGAUCUUUCUUCUCUCUCCAGAGAUGCACAGUAAUGUUUUCUCAUAGCAGCAGGCUUUCCUGUGCAUUAGGGUCCAUGAGCCUCUAUGUCUAGUGUGUUACACUGAUUUUUUUUUCAUUUUUAAGCCCUUAGCCAACUCUACUGGUUUUUUUCAGUGUUUCGGUGCUUUUCUUGCUGCCUUUCAUAACCCAAAUACCAUUUAUUUAGCCUAUGUUUUAUUAUGUUUUAUUUUGUUUUACCUAACACUCUGUAUUAUGAACCAUUAUACUGUUAACUUGAGAAAUUUGCAGCAGUACUGAAAUCUUGAGACAAUCUUUGCUGUAUUUCUGAACUUAGUUGUAGAAACUGCUAAUAAAAGGUAGCUUAGUGACUGUUUCUCCAGAAGUAAGAUAUACAAUAAUGUCUCAAAUACAUGUUGGUCUCAUUUCUCAAUAAUAUUUUUCAACUUGGGAAAUGUGUUUAACAGUAGCUCUGUAUUUUGUCCACUAGAGUUCAUUAUUGGAGGCUGGGGAUCUCCUGCAGUUUGUAGAAAAUUUAGUUACCAAUCCUGCAAAGCACUGAUGAUUUCGAUAUUGUAAUCCUGCAGAGUAUUACAUUUAAAUAGGACAUACUUCUAGUCCAUUAAAGAUUUUUCAUGACUCAUUAUGAUAAUUUAUUUCUGUCUCUAGUACCACACACCUGACUUACUCUGUAGAUCUUACUCUUACAACUUACUCUAAAUCUUACAGGUUUACACUGUGUAAAUGAGUAUUAGUAUCUUUUUUGUUUUGGUUUGUUUGGUUGGUUGUUUGUUUGUUUGUUUGUUUUUUUGUUUGUUUUUCCUGUGAAGUGAACCUGAAGUGGUCCCCAGUUAUUUAGGAGGCCAGACUUCUUGAGUAUAUCAACUGCCAAGCCUUCGUAGUAGCUGUUUGGAGGCAGUUUUUCCCCAGCAGAAAAAUAAAAUACUGUAAGAUACAACAUUUUAACCCAGUGCAAUGAAAAGUGUUGCCCCUAAGCAUAGUACUGAAUUGACUCCUAGUUUUCCUCAGAUGUAUACCAGGGAGCUUUAUGUCUCGUCCAUGUUCAAUUUGUGUAUAUUUCAAGUCCUCUUCUACUUGUGGUGCUGAGUUUUUAAUUCUGAAACACCACAUUAGAGAGUGUCUUCCCACCUCUGCCUACCAGGAGGAAAGUCUCCAAACUUUUUCCUGUUAGUACUGCUGUUUCCACCCUCUUUCUAGCAGUGUCUGAGAUGUGAGUUUCACGUGAAAUUUUGUGUGGGAUUAAUAUUGCCAGUAUCGUUAGGUCAGUUGACAAGUUCAGUGUCUCUUCCCACAUGGUGUCCGUGUCAGCCCUGACAAGGUUCCCUGAGUUGUCUACAGUUUUUGCUGUGUCCUGUAUAGGUCCAAGGCUCUGUGCUGCUCCUUUUGCCUCCCUUCUGCCCCUUCCCUUGCUUGCUGUUGCCCAGCCUGUCUUUGUGUGAAGUUGUGUCCCUUGGCUCAGCUCACAUCCCCAUCUGCGUUCCCCUUGCUGUAGCUGUGAGCCAGCUUACUCUGAACUGUCCCUUUACAAAUAUGCUCAGCCUGAAUAUACAAAUGGAUUGUCCUAUUUUUUUCUUCCAGAGGAGAAUAAACUAUGAGCUAUCACUCGUUCACUGAUUUCCAUGAAUUUUAUCCUUUAGCUUCAGCUCUGCAAAAUAUUUCUAGGAUAUGGGUAUGAGUUGCUUUAAGGAGACCAAACUAGGCUUGGCAAUGAAUGACCAGGAUGCAAGGGCAACACUUGGACUUACUGCUUCUUUGCAAGGAAUGAGAGAUCUUCCCUGGUUUCUUGCAGCUUUUUGCAGUGAGUCUUCAGUAGCUGGUCCACCCUCUCUUCCCCACACCAAAUGACCUUUUUUCCAGGAAAAUCUCACCAGUGCAUUUGUACUACAGGGUGCUGAUGGACAAGUUACUGAGUGAAUGCACCUGAACAACUGCAUGGGCAUAAACAAAACAGCAUGUAAUGCUCAGCCUGUGUUCUGGGCAAAUACGAGUGCAAAGAUGCAAAUUGUCCAUGGCACUGCCUGGUGGCUGCAGAAGUCCUGCAGGCAUUGGAAGCCAAGCAAUAAAGUGCCAAAAGCCAACACAUAAAAAUGAGUCGAUAAUCACCAGCACAUCUCAUGGAAAACAUUUUAGGUUUUGACUGUGCCUUGCUAGGGAAGACUGUAGGCAACCUGCUAGUUUAACACUGGUGAUUAGUGCUUUCUCCUGCAUACAAUGUCUAGGUGACAGUGUGAAUCCUCACUGAUGACACGUCUUUCACCAACAGCAAAACAACCUCAUUGGGGAUAGCAUUUAAAAAAUAUGCAUUUGAGAGGGCUUGUAGCAGCUAAGAAAGGCUGUUCUUGGUGUCAUGUCUGUCUCAGAAAUGAAAAUGUGCUUGGAGUAGUGAUAUGGCAGAGAGUAGGGGGAGAUGAUCCAUGUGCCACCACCCCAUUAUUUUUCUCUGCCCAGUGAUUCAGAAUCACAUUGCAUUAGUUGUAAAGGUAACAACCAAGGAAAUCCAUUUGGGCUAGCAAAAAGAGGGUUCAGAACAGAAAAUUCUUGGUCAUUCCCAAGAGCAAAUCUAUAGGGAAAAAAAACCCCAAACCUGUGUUGCAGCCUAGCCAGUUGAAGUAACUCUUAAAUUAAUUUUUUGCAAGAUGAGAGAUUUUGGGAAACAAGCCCAUUGUCAGGAAACCCUUCCCUGUCUGUCACAUCUUCUAGGAAGGCUGACGUAGCAAGAACCAUUAAUAAAAGCAGUGAAUAAGAAUGGAAGAUUUACUUCUAGAUCCACUUAGGCGGCUUUCCACUCACAAAGGUGAGAAUAAGCAUGUUUCAGUGUUGUGAAUACAAUACUUGAGUUGAAGGAGUAUCUCAUUGCAGGCAAUUUGCAAUAUAGUCCUGGGUGAGGCCGUGAUACCCAUCUGUCUGCAUUUGGUUGGUAUCUGCCAGCUUUGUGUUGUUUGGGCACAAGUGCUGAAGUUCUGCCUCUAUUCUGUUGACUUGGUUUGGAAAAAAAGAGUGGGGAAAGAGCUAAAGGGACAGGAAGGGGAAUAUCUGUGUUCUCCAUUUCAGGAGAAGAAAACAUUCUUUUGAAUACAGAAGAAGAAAUUGCUGAGAAACAUGGGGAGGGAAGGAAAAAAAGAGAAGUAAAAUAAAGUUGGUGUAGGUGCUUCACAAUGAAUUCCCAUCCCUGUCUGUUUUGCCCACUUGUUUUCUGACCUCACAUACUUUUUUAUUUGUUGGCAUCCUAUGUCUUUUAGGAAAAUUACUAUUUCCAAAGGCUAUAUAUUUUGCUAGUAUUUAUAGAAAUAUUCAAAUAGAAUUCAACAAAACGUCUAAGCAGCCAAACUGUUUAUUACUGCCACUAAAACGUAAGAGCUUGUAAAAUGCACCAUUUGAAGAAGUAUAUUGAGGGGAUUCAAAAAAUUGAAUAUAUGCUCUAAAGAUAGCACUAGCUUUUCUCUUGAAUUUCAUUACUAUGUUUAAGUGUUAGAAGCAGAAAUCCAAAUGAAAAUCAGCAUUGAUGAAGAAUUCAAAUUGUCGGCCACUGGUUUUCAGUUUGGAAACUUCAUGGAAUGUACCAUACCGGUGUUUCAUUAGUUAGCACAGUAUAUGCAAGGUUUGUAUGACAGUACAAAUUUUAUUAACUUACUAGCUCCAUUAUCUUGUUCUGUGUCUAUCCUUCUACACCUUUUAAAAAUUAACACAAAAUGCUACCACAACGAAGUCACUUUUGCACACAGUUUGUGGUAAUGGCUGCUCUGAAUGACAGACAACUGAUUGUCAGACUCUGUGGGCUUAGAAAGUUAAGGGCUGUGGUCUGAGGGAAAGUUUUCCCUACACUUCCCUAAUUACCUGUUUCAGUAACCAAUCUCUGCUGGUUUAUUUUUUGGUGUUUCUGUGAUGCCUGUAUGAGUGGUCAGUAUUUUCAGUUGUCCCAAAGACAUGCAGGUAGAUCUUCACCUGCACACUAUGAACACACUAUGAAAUAUCUCUGGUGCCAUUGGAUGCUGUGGUGUGACCUGAAGGGCAGAACCUGUAACUUGAACUGGCUUCAAUAUUCUCUUAGGGGCCUAAAUUAUCCCACUUGAGUCACUGUGGGUGUUUAAAAGGAAGACUGAAGAAUAUAUUACAGCUGAAUUGAGCCAAACUGAUUUUUUUUUUUAACUCAGAUUUAUUGUUUUUUCUGCUUUGUGUUUUUCUGAGCAGCUUUUCCCUCCUAGAGUUUAUAGUGUGGAUUUUGCAUCAAAUCCUGGCAAAGAAGGUUUUACAAAGUGAAACCUGCUUUUUAUCAUUCAGGCUUCUUUAAAGAAAAGCAAUGUUAUUACUGAGCCAAAUCACACAGAGAGGAAUAUUGUUCCACUAGGAAAACUUUUGAUGUUGGUAAACUUAUGUGUGUGUGUCCCUAUUUAAAAGACAAGUACAUAUGUACAGGUCUCAUGCGUCACUCAUGCUCUAAUAUGAUUUUUUUCCCUCUGCUCUUUUGAUUGAAUGCUAGAGGCUUAGCAUUUUCCACAACCUUGAGGCAAGUUUAAAUCUUUUUCUGGUCUCUAAAAACCAGACUGUGGGUCAUAAGAAGCAUCUGAUGUCCUUAGGAAUAGAAUCACGUUAACUAAUCCCCAUUUGAAAUAUCAGACCUCAAAUUUUUGUUAGCUUUCUCUUAAGACUGACACUCUUUGGAGUAGAAAUAAGUGACAAAUCUGCCUGCAAAGUCUCCAGCAGCUGUCUGCUGCAGAAUAUCAGUCUCACAGAUACUUCUCUGCAAUAAGCAGCUCUGCAAUAAGAGGUGACCCUUCUGCUGGAGGGUCCUCCUGACACUUCCCUUAACUCAGUUCACAAUCAAUAGUUUCAAGUACAUCAGAAGCAAGUUUAGACACUGCCCUGAGGAAUUUCCAUGAAAUGGAAGAGAACCGUUUGUGUGUUUAUGGCACAUAAAAUCACUAAGUUGUGAAGUAAAGGUCUCAGUGACAAGAUUAUUGGGAGUUUCUGCCCAGAAUUAAAGGUAGGGAGUGUAUCUGAACUUUUAAUUUCAAAAAAACUAUGGCCAUGAGCCAGACAGCAUCAGAAGAAAACCAACUUGGAGGCUUCUAACAACUGAUAUUAUUGUGGCUUUAUUAAUUUUAUAGUUACACUGAUUGAAUGUGAUGUACUGUACAAAGUAAAGCUAGUCUUAGGCUACCAGAUGUACCAUGGCAUUCAUUUGAGACAUACCAACAGAAGUUUGCAUGUGAAGUUUUAAAGUGAUAACUAAACCAAUGUUACCCACCUGACUGAGUCCCUUAGGAAUUUAAUGUUUUCCUGUUUUACAUCUGGUUUCCAUGCUGAGUACAAUAAAAUGAACACUGUCUUAAUUA